AUGUACAUAUAUUCUAGAGCUAACCAAAACCCCGCCCUGCUUGUGUUUGGUAUUCUAUUCUAUCGAUGGCACAAUAUCCUAGCUGGCAGGGUCAGUUCUCAGCAUCCUACCUGGACAGAUGAAGAUAUAUUUCAGAGUGCUCGGCGACUGAACAUUGCAAGUCUGCAAAAUAUAAUUGCAUACGAAUAUCUUCCGGCAUUUCUGGGCGAGGGUAUCCCAAAAUAUUCAGGUUACAACUCAGAUAUCCACCCUGGCAUAUCACAUGACUUUCAAUCCGCAGCGUUCAGGUAUGGACACACCCUGAUUCCUCCUGGUAUUUACCAACGAGGUGCUCUAGAAAGAGUUAAAUCUUCAAGAAAAAGACGGAAUUCCACCGUUCUUCAAGAGAAAAUCAAAUGUAACUUCCUGAAGGCUCCAGAUGGAUCAUCUGCAACAAGGAACGCGGCCAUCUUGACAAGACGUCAUUUUGAAAAGAUGCUUUUUAAAAAAAAAACGACAUCUGACGGCAUCUUUUGUAUAAAGGUGUUUGGGCCCAAAGUUGAGAACAUCUUACGAGGUAUGAGUUCUCAAAUAGCGGAGAGGGAAGAUGCAACUCUUUGUGCAGAUAUUAGAAAUAAGGUAGAAAAAUGUUUGUUCUUUCUAAUGUAUUUUGGUCUUCAACCAGUUUCAAAUUGGAGUGACAUAAACCCGAAAUUGUAUAAGGAGGACCCAGAAAUAUUCCAUAAACUGGAAAAUCUUUACGGACCUCAGGGUCUUCAGGAUAUUGAUCUGUAUAUUGGAGGUAUGCUGGAGUCGGAUGAGGGACCUGGACCACUUUUUAGGAAUAUAAUCAAGGAUCAGUUCCAACGAAUACGAGAUGGGGAUAGAUUUUGGUUUGAAAAUAGAGACAGCAACAUAUUCACAGAUGAAGAAAUUGAAGCAAUUAGAAGUAUAACGCUCUGGGAUAUUAUUGUAAAUGCUACAGAUGUUCAACCAGAGGAAAUUCAGCGGGAGGUAUUUUACUGGCGUGAUAAUGAUCCUUGCGGUCAGCCUCGACAAUUGUCUCAUGUUGACAUGAAACCAUGUUUACAUCAUCAAAAAUUCGAUUAUUUUCAGGGUAGUGAGAUGGCAUAUAUCUAUGGUAUAAUGCUAGUGGUUGGGUUCCCCCUCCUGGCCGGGUUCCUGGCCUACCUGGCCAUCAAGUACACCAACUCUUCCAGGAGGAAGAUAAAAGCUGCAAAGUUUACUCGAAAUGAGAGUAAACUUAGCUUGGAUAAGAUUACUGUUCGUGAAAUGAUUGAAGAAGACUCGUACAGAUUCGUCAAAGCUAAAUUUGGUCCAAACUCAACUCUACAAACUAUUGAUAGGAAAGGAAAUAUUCUUACUAAAAUUGACUUCAGCUCAAAACAAACUGUCACGGUCAAGGUGAAUGUAGAGAAUGAAGGAGAAUAUUUAGCCCUGAUUAAAGCAAAGGAUUAUCAUGAUAUAGUGUUUUCAUUUGAUAAGGAAGCUGAAAGAAAACGAUUUCUAUUGAAGGUUGAAGGAUUACUGGCCAGUACUCAGUGUAUAAUGGAAACUGUAAUUACCAAUGGUAAAACUAUAGUAAGUACUGCUGAGACUAAAGCAAAGCGGGAGAAGAAACUAGAACAUUUCUUCCGGGAGGCGUAUUCCGUUACAUUUGGACUAAACCAACAUAAACAAACGAAGAGUUUUGGUUCUUCUGAUGUAAUGUCAAUAUGUCUAAGUAGAGAGGAAUUUGCCAGUGCUCUAGGCAUGAAACCUAAUGAUAUGUUUGUCAGGAAAAUGUUCCGAAUUGUUGACAAGGAAAACAAUGGAAGAAUUUCAUUUAAAAAUUUUCUGGAUACCGUCAUACUUUUCACUAAAGGGCGUGUGGAUGAUAAAUUACGAAUAAUCUAUGAUAUGUGCGAAGAGGAUUCUAAUGGUCUAGUGGAUAAAAACGAUUUUAAGGAUAUGUUGGCCAGUCUGAUAGCUCUGGCUAAAACUGAUAAAAUCCCGAGUUCUGACGUAUCUGAUCUUAUCAGCUCAAUGUUCCAGACAGCGGGGAUAGAGAAUACUUCUAGUAUUUCUUAUGCUGAUUUCCAGAAGUUGAUGGGUCAGUUUAAGGGAGAUUUACUUACUGUUGGCUUGGAUUGCAAGGGAGCACAUCAUAAUUUCCUUGACACAACAUCAAAUGUUGCACGAAUGACAAAUUUUAAGCUAGAAGAUGAAACUGAAACACAAGGUGUCUGCAAAUCCUCCCUGAGUUCUAGAUGGGAGAGCCUGGUGGUUUAUUUAGAGGAGAAUAGGCAGGCUUUGUUCUAUAUUAUUCUCUUCUAUGCAGCUACAUUCGGACUUUUCAUAGAGAGGUUUAUGCAUUAUUCCUUUAUGGCGGAGCAUACAGAUCUCAGACAAGUGAUGGGAGUAGGUAUUGCAAUAACGCGUGGGUCUGCUAGUGCUUUAACCUUUAGCUACUCUGUUCUUUUGCUCAGUGUUUGCAGAAAUCUUAUCACAAAACUCAAGGAACUUUCUCUACAUCAAUAUAUACCUUUAGAUCUACAUAUACAGUUUCACAAGAUCUGUUCCUGUACUGCCCUGUUCUUCUCCCUUGUACACACGGCCGGCCAUCUUGUAAACUUCUACCACGUGUCUACCCAGCCUGUACAUCAUCUACAGUGCAUGUCAAGAGAAAUAAAUAUUCCUGCAGGGGUCAACCCUAAUAUUACAUACUGGCUCUUUAAUACACUUACAGGGAUAACAGUAAACCUUUUUAACAUAUUUAGGAUAACUCAAGCACCUAAAUUCUGGUUGUUUGUAAUGGGCCCUGGAAUUAUUUAUAUUCUGGACAAAAUUGUUAGCCUUAGAAGAAGCUACCUAGAGUUAGAUAUUCUUGAGACGACCCUGCUACCCUCUGAUGUUAUAAGAAUCAAGUUCUAUCGACCUCCUAACUACAAGUUUCUUUCAGGGCAGUACAUAAAAGUUUCCUGUACUGCAAUUCAACCUGAGGAGUUUCAUAGUCUUACCAUCACAUCAGCUCCACACGAAGAUUUUCUUUCAGUGCACAUCAAGGCAAUAGGACCAUGGACUUGGAAACUGAGAAACUAUUUUGAUCCAUCUCUAAAUCCAGAGACAGAUACAGAAGAGGUUGAGGCGGAGAGUGGGCUACGACGGCGGAGAUCUCUCUCCGCCGCUCCUCUAGUGGCAAAGAUCCGCCUCCAAGGACCGUUUGGCGGAGGAAACCAAGACUGGUAUAAGUUUGAAGUGGCAGUUAUGAUUGGAGCAGGAAUUGGCGUCACUCCGUAUGCUUCUAUUCUAAAUGAUCUGGUGUUUGGAACUUCAACUAAUCGGUACUCAGGAGUAGCAUGUAAAAAGGUUUAUUUUCUGUGGAUUUGUCCAUCACAUCGAUAUUUUGAAUGGUUUAUCGAUGUACUGAGAAGCGUUGAGAGGAAGGAUGUCACAAAGGUUCUAGAAAUGCACAUCUUCAUAACACAGUUCUUUCAUAAGUUCGAUUUAAGAACAACAAUGUUGUACAUUUGUGAAAAUCAUUUCCAACAGCUUUCAAGGCGAAGUCUUUUUACCGGACUUAGAGCACAGAACCAUUUUGGUAGGCCUGAUAUGGAGGCAUUUUUCAAAUUUGUUCAGAAGAAGCACAGCUAUGUGAGUUCUGUUGGAGUGUUUAGUUGUGGCCCAAGGGCUGUUACCCGAGCUAACAAUACAGCAUGUGAACUUGUAAAUAGGAAUAAAAAACUUCCAUAUUUCAAACAUCACUACGAGGGGUUCGGUUAGAAGAUGCAGCUGUUGUUAUUGUUAUAUAUUUAGACUAAUUAGUCAUUGUAUAUUUAUUACAACUCAAAUAUAUAUUUAAACAUAUUAA